GGUCGUGGGCCGACUACAAUGUCCGAUGCGAGCAGAAUAACUGACCAAGUACAACACGGACUUCAUGCACAACCAAGACGCCGAAACCUUAAACUUUGACUUCAGCUCCAAUUCACAAGACGUCAAGGGUUCAAGACGUCAAGCGUCUUGCUUGCUCUGUAAUCACGAUGGGGCUGGCGACGACAUUGGAAUGCCUUGACACUUACACAAGAAGCUGAUUGCUAAUGCGUCUGUACCACACCUGUACCAUGGCUGCUAGCUUGCUUGCUAUAUCAGCCCUUUUCCAUUUAGGUAUAAGUAUUCGACAUUGUACACGUCUAGAAUUUGACGAUCACUGCUUUGACAACAAUCACUUUAACAAACAUACUUAAAACUCUCUCAGACUUCACCCACCAUUAUCUACACAGCUUCUUUUCUCAAAAUGUCUCCUGCUAUUCCCAAAGAUUCAACGGUCCUUGUUACCGGCAUCAAUGGCUACGUUGGAUCUCACGUAGCUGACCAAUUGCUCAAAGCCGGGUAUCGAGUACGCGGUACUGCCAGAGAUGUUUCCAAGGCGAAGAACUUGCUCAACCUUUGGGAGGAGCAAUAUGGAAAGGGCCGAGUGGAGGUGGUAACUGUACCAAAAAUAGGCAUUGAGGGAGCUUUCGAUGAAGCUGUGAAGGGUGUCACUGGAAUUGCACAUGUAGCAUCAAACAUGUCCUUCUCGCCAAACCCAAAUGAUGUCAUUCCAGAAUGUAUUGCUGGUGUAAACAGUAUUCUUAAUUCUGCAGCCGCAGAACCAAGCGUUAAACGUUUCGUUAUUACAUCCUCGUCUAUAGCUGCAGCAAAACCAACGCCCAACAAGGAAUUUUAUAUCGAUGAAAAUACAUGGAAUGAUGAAGAUGUCGAAGCAGCGUAUGCUCCACCACCAUAUGAUCCCUCGAGAUCAUGGAUUGUCUACGGUGCUAGCAAAGUUGAGUCCGAGCGAGCAGUAUGGAAGUACAUGAAGGAAAAGAAACCAGCUUUCGUAGCCAACGCCGUCCUGCCAGAUGCCGUUAUGGGUCUAAUUUUAGAUCCAACUCAAGCGAGUUCUACUGGUGGGUUCGUUCGAAAUCUUUACCUGGGAGAUAACUCGGUUCUCAAAGAUCUUCCUCCUCAAUAUUUCGUAGACGUACAGGAUGUAGGCCGUCUUCAUGUCUCUGCAUUGAUUGACGAGGAUGUCAAGAACGAGAGACUAUUUGCCUAUUCCGAACCAUUCAACAAUAACACUUUGUUGAGAACUUUCCGCAAACUUCGACCCGAUGCUAAGAUCAUGGAUGACUUCCACGAUGAUAGUAUCAAUGACUUAUCCAAGGUUGCGAAUGAAAGAGCGGCGGAGCUUCUAACAAGAGACCAUGGACGCGCUGGUUUUACAAAAUUGGAGGAAUCUUUGGCCAACAAUAUUCAAGGACUCUGAGUUUUGCUAUAACGAGAUGGGAGUUGAGCCGAAUAAUUUUGAUAGCUAUCACGGAAAUAUGUCACUACUUUGUUUACUUGCUUUUUUUUUCUUCCUGUAACAUUAGAUUUCAAGCGAAUGUACCUACCUAAGUAUCUAUAUAUAGCGGACUCUCCUCCAAUAUUAAUUGAUACUAUUACCCAAAACUCUUUUUUAUCUUACUUCUUACCUCUCAAUUCAAUUUUGGAUAUCGAUUAUAUACCCA